AUGACCGUCACAAAAACUUCGCCCUCUGCUAACUGGGCGUCUGUACUGUACGAACUGCUGACUGGGUUUGCGUGGCAUAUGACGUGGCGGUCCGUACCGUACGAUGUGGCAGAUGAUCGAGCUUACAGAAGAGCGAGGCGGCGGCAGCCGGGAGGACGCAGCGUGUACCGGCGGGGACCUUGGGCGUCGGUGCGGCGGCGGCGGGUGCGGGACGAGGCGCAGGGUACGGACGGCGGCGCGAGGAACACGGCACCGACUGAUAGCGCUGCAGAUCGGUACGCGACGGGAAUAGACCUGCAGCGUUUGAACUCUGCAGCACCAUUUUUCUACAAGGGCUACUAUCAUCUGUUCUACCAAUAUAAUCCUCUUUCGGCUAAGUGGGGGUUGAUUAGAUGGGGGCAUGCAGUUUCUAGAGAUUUGAUAAAUUGGGAGCACUUGCCUGGAGCGGCUCUGUACCCAGAUAAAUGGUAUGACAUUAAUGGCGCUUGGUCUGGUUCUGCAACUUUUUUGCAAGAGGGUGGUGCUCCUGUUAUUUUAUACACAGGCAAGACCAAUGAAUCUAUACAAGUUACAAACAUGGCAGUUCCAAAGGAUCCCUCAGACCCUUUACUAAGGGACUGGAAGAAAGUUGCAGAGAAUCCUGUCAUGAUGCCUGAGGGUAAAAUUAAUAGCAGUUCAUUCAGAGACCCAACUACCGCCUGGUUGGGAUCAGACAAUAAAUGGCGAGUCCUGGUGGGGAAUAAGAGGGAUAAACAGAAGAGAGGAAUGGAUUUGAUUUACAAAAGCAAGGAUCUCAAGAAAUGGGUCAAGGCAAAACACCCACUUCAUUCUGCAAAGCACAUUGGUAUGUUUGAAUGCCCAGACUUCUACCCCGUUUCCAUCCAUGGAAAUGAUGGUCUUUUGAAAUAUGUGUUGAAGAACAGCUUGGAUGAUUCGAAGGUAGACUAUUACACUGUGGGCAGGUAUUUCCCCAAAUUGGACAGAUAUGUGCCUGACAACGGAUCUGUGGAGGGCCCAAAUGGGCUUAGAUAUGACUAUGGCAAAUUUUAUGCCUCAAAAACAUUUUAUGAUGAUUAUAAGGGAAGAAGGAUUUUGUGGGGAUGGAUUAAUGAGUCUGACAGUGUGGCAGACGACAUCAUAAAAGGAUGGGCUUCUGUUCAGGGGAUACCGAGGGUUGUAAGGCUUGACAGCAGCAGCAGGAGGAGUCUCAUUCAAUGGCCUGUGUCUGAGGUGGAAGCUUUGAGGGGCAUCAGUGUAACAAAACACAAUGUGGUAUUAAAGAGGGGAUCAGUCAGGAAGAUAGAUGGACUGAAUUCAGGAGCAGCACAGGUAGAUGUGGAAGUUCAAUUCAAGAUAGACAAUAAAGUAGAAGACCAUGUCUAUGAAACAGUGGACGACAUGGAUGUUUUCACCAAUGCUCAAAAGUUGUGCAGCAGGGGUAAAAAUAUUGAUGAGACUCCACAGGGAUUUGGGUUAAUGGUUUUGGCAUCAGAUGAUCUGAGAGAAAGAAGCGUUGUUUCUUUCAGAUUUUUCAAACAAAAAUCAGACGACCGGCUAGGGAAAGUGGUGUUGUGUGUCGACCAAAGCAGGUCAUCUUUAGGCACUAAUGUGGACAAAACAAGCUAUGGAGGAUUUGUAAACCUGUCUCCUCAUCGGAAAUCUCUGUCUCUGCGAGUUCUGGUGGAUCGCAGUAUAGUAGAGAGUUUUGCAGAGGGGGGGAAAACUUGCAUAACAUCAAGGAGUUGUCCCAUGUUGGCAGUGAAUGAGAAAGCCCAUUUAUUCGUGUUUAAUAAUGGAGAUUCAAAUGUUAUUCUGCACAGGUUGACAGCAUGGCACAUGAAAGAUGCCCGUUGUAAAUAUUCAUCAAUUUUGUAGAGAUCAACAUUACGGGGACUGUGAUUAUUUUGCCCGUUUGCUUGACUUCACAAUACAAAACAGAUGAGUUUAUUACAAAA